UUUGCCCUGCUUUUACUCUUGUUAGAAUUAAUCAAGAAACAUCAAGCUUCAAAUACCUUGAUUCCAUUGAUGCCUCCUGGAAGCUGGGAUCUUGAAUACUGAUCUGAAAAGACAAGUUUUCAAGAAUUAUCCCAGUUUCCCUUUGUUCAAGAAAUUAAACGACCACCCUCUUUAAUAAGGCCUAAUAUAUCUUGAAAAGCAAACAUCUUAAUUAGUUGAACCUCACUAUUACCCUGUUCAGCAUCACAUGUUGAAUCCACCAUGGAUCGAAAGAAAAAACCUGCUAAGAUGUCUGUGCCUCAAUUUGGAGGGUGGGAACAUAAGGCUCAAGGUGUGCCUACAGACUACUCCAUGGUGUUCAACCAAGCUCGUGCUAACAAGAAGAAUCAGAAAACAGAUUUAGCUGAAGUCAAGCGUCUCAGCACUGGGAAUGAUCAGAAGGUUGCUACUAAUAACGCCAAUUAUCGCCAUGGACCUCCUCCUCAUGCUCAUGCUCAUCCUCGUGCUCAUGCUCAUGCUCGUCCUCAUGAAGAUCCUCCUGUCAUGGGGAGAAGCAGGGUUCUGACUUGCAUGAGUUGCUGUAUUAGGCCUUGAUAUGAUAAGAAUCAAAUUCAAUAUUUGAUUUUGAAAUCAUAGUCAUACUAGGAAUCUACAGCUUGUAAACAUGAGACAAGUUCAAAAGAAACCUGACCAGUCAUUAUUUGAGUGUCCUGUAUAUUAAUGUCAUCCCUAUUUAAAUUCCCAUUGAUUUUGAAAAAUCCGUUAAAAUGUGUUAUAUCAACCAUUUCACAUUGACCUGUAAACGAAAACAUUGAGAAAUA